AUGCCAUUCUCUGGAUGCACGGGAGCCUGUCCUACGAGGGUUAUAGUUACUACAACCGGUGGGUUCGUUACAGAAACUACUUUUGGACCCACCCUUGGCUCAAGUACCAUUCCGCCAUCUCCUGGAUGCACAGGCAACUGCCCUACCAAGAUAGUAAUAACUUUAACGGGAGGAUUUAUUACGGAGUCGACAUUUGGGCCUACGCCAGGUACCAGCACUAUCCUUCCACCCCCUGGAUGCACCGGAGCCUGUGCUACAAGGAUUAUAGUUACUACAACCGGUGGCUACAUUACAGAGACUACUUUUGGACACGUCCCUGGCACAAGCACCAUUCCGCCGUCGCCCGGAUGUAUUGGCAACUGCCCUACCAAGAUAGUAAUAACUAUUACAGGCGGUUUCAUUACAGAGUUGACAUUGGGCCCUACGCUAGGCACUACCACUAUCCUUCCAUCCUCUGGAUGUACGGGAGUCUGUCCUACAAGGAUUAUAGUUACCACUACUGGUGGGUUCAUUACAGAGACUACUUUUGGGCCCGCCCCUGGCACAAGCACCAUUCCGCCAUCGCCCGGAUGUAUUGGCAACUGCCCUACCAAGAUAGUAAUAACUGUUACAGGCGGUUUCAUUACAGAGUCGACGUUGGGCCCUACGCUAGGCACUAGCACUAUCCUUCCAUCCUCUGGAUGUACGGGAGUCUGUCCUACAAGGAUUGUAGUUACCGCAACUGGUAGGUUCGUUACAGAGACCACAUUUGGGCCCACCCCUGGCACAAGUACCAUUCCGCCAUCGCCCGGAUGUAUUGGUAACUGCCCUACCAAGAUAGUAAUAACUGUUACAGGCGGUUUCAUUACAGAGUCGACAUUGGGCCCUACGCCAGGCACCAGUACUAUCCUUCCAUCCUCUGGAUGUGCGGGAGUCUGUCCUACAAGGAUUGUAGUUACCACUACUGGUGGGUUCAUUACAGAGACUACUUUUGGACCCGCCCCUGGCACAAGUACCAUUCCGCCGUCGCCCGGAUGUAUUGGCAACUGCCCUACCAAGAUAGUAAUAACUGUUACAGGCGGUUUCAUUAUAGAGUCGACAUUGGGCCCUACGCCAGGCACUAGUACUAUCCUUCCACCCUCAGAAUGCACGGGAGUCUGUCCUACAAGGAUUAUAGUUACUACUACUGGGGGGUUCGUUACAGAGACUACUUUUGGGCCUACCCCUGGGACAAGCACCAUUCCGCCAUUGCCCGGAUGUAUUGGUAACUGCCCUACCAAGAUAGUAAUAACUGUUACAGGCGGUUUCAUUACAGAGUCGACAUUGGGCCCUACCCCAAGCACUAGCACUAUCCUUCCAUCCUCUGGAUGUACGGGAGUCUGUCCUACAAGGAUUGUAGUUACUACUACUGGUAGUUUCGUUACAGAGACUACUUUUGGGCCCGCCCCUGGGACAAGCACCAUUCCGCCGUCGCCCGGAUGUAUUGGCAACUGCCCUACCAAGAUAGUAAUAACUGUUACAGGCGGUUUCAUUACAGAGUCGACAUUGGGCCCUACCCCAGGCACUAGCACUAUCCUUCCAUCCUCUGGAUGUACGGGAGUCUGUCCUACAAGGAUUAUAGUUACCACUACUGGUGGGUUCGUUACAGAGACUACUUUUGGACCCGCACCUGGCACAAGCACCAUUCCGCCGCCGCACGGAUGUAUUGGCAACUGCCCUACCAAGAUAGUAAUAACUGUUACAGGCGGUUUCAUUACAGAGUCGACAUUAGGCCUAACGCCAGGCACUAGUACUAUCCUUCCAUCCUCUGGAUGCACGGGAGUCUGUCCUACAAGGAUUGUAGUUACCACUACUGGUGGGUUCGUUACAGAAACUACUCUUGGACCCGCCCCUGGUACAAGCAUCAUUCCGCCAUCGCCCGGAUGUAUUGGCAACUGCCCUACCAAGAUAGUAAUAACUGUUACAGGCGGUUUCAUCACAGAGUCGACAUUAGGCCCAACGCCAGGAACCAGUACUAUCCUUCCAUCCUCUGGAUGUACGGGAGUCUGUCCUACAAGGAUUGUAGUUACUACUACUGGUGGGUUCAUUACAGAGACUACUUUUGGACCCGCCCCUGGUACAAGCACCAUUCCGCCGUCGCCCGGAUGUAUUGGCAACUGCCCUACCAAGAUAGUAAUAACUAUUACCGGCGGUUUCAUUACAGAGUCGACAUUGGGCCCUAUUCCAGGUACUAGUACUAUCCUUCCAUCCUCUGGAUGUACGGGAGUCUGUCCUACAAGGAUUGUAGUUACCACUACUGGUGGGUUCGUUACAGAGACUACUUUUGGACCAGCCCCUGGCACAAGCACCAUUCCGCCGUCGCCCGGAUGUAUUGGUCACUGCCCUACCAAGAUAGUAAUAACUGUUACCGGCGGUUUUAUUACAGAGUCGACAUUGGGCCCUAUCCCAGGCACUACCACUAUCCUUCCGUCUUCUGGAUGCACGGGAGUCUGUCCUACAAGGAUUGUAGUUACUACUACUGGUGAGUUCGUUACAGAGACCACAUUUGGACCCGCCCCUGGUACAAGCACCAUUCCGCCGUCGCCCGGAUGUAUUGGCAACUGCCCUACCAAGAUAGUAAUAACUGUUACAGGUAGUUUCAUUACAGAGUCGACAUUGGGCCCUACCCCAGGCACUAGCACUAUCCUUCCAUCCUCUGGAUGCACAGGAGUCUGUCCUACAAGGAUUGUAGUUACCACUACUGGUGGAUUCGUUACGGAGACUACUUUUGGACCCGCCCCUGGCACAAGCACCAUUCCGCCGCCGCCCGAAUGUAUUGGCAACUGCCCUACUAAGAUAGUAAUAACUGUUACAGGCGGUUUCAUUACGGAGUUAACAUUAGGCCCUAUUCCAGGCACUAGCACUAUCCUUCCAUCCUCUGGAUGCACGGGAGUCUGUCCUACAAGGAUUGUAGUUACCACUACUGGUGGGUUCGUUACAGAGACUACUUUUGGACCCGCCACUGGUACAAGCACCAUUCCGCCAUUGCCCGGAUGUAUUGGCAACUGCCCUACCAUAAUAGUAAUAACUAUUACAGGCGGUUUCAUUACAGAGUCGACAUUGGGCCUAACGCCAGGCACUAGCACUAUCCUUCCAUCCUCUGGAUGCACGGGAGUCUGUCCUACAAAGAUUGUAGUUACCACUACUGGUGGGUUCGUUACAGAAACUACUUUUGGCCCUGCCCCUGGUAUAAGUACCAUUCCGCCGUCGCCCGGAUGUAUUGGCAACUGCCCUACCAAGAUAGUAAUAACUGUUACAGGCGGUUUUAUUACAGAGUCGACAUUGGGCCCAACGCCAGGCACUAGCACUAUCCUUCCAUCCUCUAGAUGUACGGGAGUCUGUCCUACAAGGAUUGUAGUUACCACUACUGGUGGGUUCGUUACAGAAACUACUCUUGGACCCGCCCCUGGUACAAGCACCAUUCCGCCGUCGCCCGGAUGUAUUGGCAACUGCCCUACCAAGAUAGUAAUAACUGUUACAGGCGGUUUCAUUACAGAGUCGACAUUGGGCCCUACCCCAGGUACCAGCACUAUCCUUCCAUCCUCUGGAUGCACGGGAGUCUGUCCUACAAGGAUUAUAGUUACCACUACUGGUGGGUUCGUUACAGAGACUACUUUUGGACCUACCCCUGGGACAAGCACCAUCCCGCCAUCGCCCGGAUGUAUUGGCAACUGCCCUACCAAGAUAGUAAUAACUAUUACAGGCGGUUUUAUUACAGAGUCGACAUUGGGCCCAACGCCAGGCACUAGCACUAUCCUUCCAUCCUCUAGAUGUACGGGAGUCUGUCCUACAAGGAUUGUAGUUACCACUACUGGUGGGUUCGUUACAGAAACUACUCUUGGACCCGCCCCUGGUACAAGCACCAUUCCGCCGUCGCCCGGAUGUAUUGGCAACUGCCCUACCAAGAUAGUAAUAACUGUUACAGGCGGUUUCAUUACAGAGUCGACAUUGGGCCCUACCCCAGGUACCAGCACUAUCGUUCCAUCCUCUGGAUGCACGGGAGUCUGUCCUACAAGGAUUAUAGUUACCACUACUGGUGGGUUCGUUACAGAGACUACUUUUGGACCUACCCCUGGGACAAGCACCAUCCCGCCAUCGCCCGGAUGUAUUGGCAACUGCCCUACCAAGAUAGUAAUAACUGUUACAGGCGGUUUCAUUACAGAGUCGACGUUGGGCCCUAACCCAGGCACUAGCAUUAUCCUUCCAUCCUCUGGAUGUACGGGAGUCUGUCCUACAAGGAUUGUCGUUACCACUACUGGUGGGUUCGUUACAGAGACUACUUUUGGGCCCGCCCCUGGCACAAGCACCAUUCCGCCGUCGCCCGGAUGUAUUGGCAACUGCCCUACCAAGAUAGUAAUAACUAUUACAGGCGGUUUCAUUACAGAGUCGACAUUGGGCCCUACCCCAGGCACCAGCACUAUCGUUCCAUCCUCUGGAUGCACGGGAGUCUGUCCUACAAGGAUUAUAGUUACCACUACUGGUGGGUUCGUUACAGAGACUACUUUUGGACCCGCCCCUGGCACAAGCACAAUUCCGCCGCCGCCCGGAUGUAUUGGCAACUGCCCUACCAAGAUAGUAAUAACUGUUACAGGCGGUUUCAUUACAGAGUCGACAUUGGGCCCUACCCCAGGUACCAGCACUAUCGUUCCAUCCUCGGGAUGCACGGGAGUCUGUCCUACAAAGAUUGUAGUUACUACUACUGGUAGUUUCGUUACAGAGACUACUUUUGGACCUACCCCUGGGACAAGCACCAUUCCGCCAUCGCCCGGAUGUAUUGGCAACUGCCCUACCAAAGAUAGUAAUAACUGUUACAGGCGGUUUCAUUACAGAGUCGACAUUGGGCCCUACCCCAGGCACUAG